AUGCUGCCGCAGGCCUACGACACAUUGAGAGACCCUAGGAGCAGAGGAGACUACGACGAUAGCCUCAGAAAUCCGGCGGCGGCCGCGGGAGGGGCUGCGGGCGGGGGGGGAGCGUACCGCCCGGGGGCGGGGGCGGCGGCGGGGGGGGGUCCGUUCGAAGGGGUCAGAGUGAACCUUUUCGACAUCUUUCGGUUCAGUCCGGGGAACAGGGAGAACCUCGGCGUCCCGAAGGCACGGUGGCGGCAGAUCGUUGUGAAGGUGGAGGUUUCGCUGGAGGAGCUGCUGUCGGGGAUUGUCAAGGAGAUAAGCAUUGGCGACUCUAUCAUUGAGCGCUACAAGCAGGCGGCUCGUACGGGGCUGCUGUCGGAGGUGCUGCAGGAGGGGGCAGCGGUAUUCGGAGCCCUGCUGAUCAAGUGCCCAUUACCCAUAUCAGCGGUGGCGUUCGCGGCGUACGUCCACCUCAAGCUCCCGAGGGUACCGCAGGGCGCCUUCAAGGUCCCGAUUCUGCCGGGGUACCGCCGAGGGACAAAGAUUACGUUUAGCACGCCGGAGGGGGUGGACGUGACCUUCGAACUGGUCGAGAAGCAAAGCCAGUUUCGUCGCUCAGGUGACGACCUUUUCGUGAUGCUGCGGCUUUCUCCGAAGAUGGUGAAGCGAGGUUGCGUCGUCAAGGUCCCUACUCUCGACAAGGGAACGAUUUCGAUGCGGCUGAAACGGAGGGAGGCCAGGGACGGCUACGAGCGUCGCUUGCCAGGGCUGGGCAUGCCUCGUCGCAAGGACGGCGGGGAGGACGGCAGCAGUAACCGCGGAGACCUGAUCGUGCACUUUAUGGUGCCACCGGAGGGAGAUGAAUAG